AAUUUUCUGUUUCUACAGUUAUUCUUUGCUCUAUAUGAAAACAAAAUCCCCAAGAAAUAACUAAUCAAAAGAAGAAGAAAAAAAUGGCAGAAGAUUGGGGUGAUAUCUUCAAAAAUCUUCAAAUGAGUGCAAAUGAAGAAGCUAUUUUCAAAGGUGAUUACGAAAGAGAAUUCGUCCAUAAACAAAUUUUAGCAGAAGAAUUUGAAGAUAUUGGAGAAGAUAACGAAGAUUACAUCGAAAACAUGCUUAAAGAAGAAGAGAAAAUCGCCAUUGCUGGACUCACUAACAUACUUCCAUUAAGAACACUCAGCCUUCCAUGGCUUCUUGAAGCUCGCCGUACUGCAAUCUACAACAUUGUCUACAUAGGAGGAUGUAAUGGAGUCAGAAAAAUCACAGUUUACACAGCAAUGAUUUAUGUUGAUAGGUAUCUUUCAUCAGUACCAAAAAAACCAAUAUUGCCGAUUGCGAAAUUAUUGGCAAUUUCAUGUUUAUAUUUGGCUUGUGAGCAAUUUGAAGAAUAUGAAUGUCAAAUUUCAACAUCAAACUAUAUAGGAAGCAUAAUGAGUAUGAAGUACAAUAUUAUUACACAAUUCAAAUGGAUUGUAACUUUUCUUACUCCAAUUCAGUUCGUCAAAUAUUUCUUGUCAAGAUUCUGUAGAGAUAUUUCAAGAAAAUUGUACGCCAAAUCCAUAACUGUUGAAGUCAUCAUGAGUACAAUUGGAGAUGUGAAGUUAAUGAGUGUUAGAGCAUUUGUAAUAGGAGCAGCAGCAACAUUAUUAGCAUCAAAUUCAAAUAUAUUGACACAUGAAAUGAUAAAGGAUGAGAUUAAUGCCUUGCCUAAAAAAUGGAUUAUUCCAAUUGAUGAGGUGUGCUCUUGCUAUGAUAAUUUGCUAGAGACCAAUAAGCACAGACUUGACAUAAGUUGAUAAUUUGGACUGUAAUUUGCUGUUUUAUGUAUAAUAUUUUGGACACAAACAGAAAUAU